CACCUCCAAGGCCUAUUGGUGCGCUCACGUUGUCGCCGUUUGCCUCUAUAGGAUCCACAUGCCGACACAGGUGUGCCUGAGAGCUCCAGUUAGCGAAUCCUUGUCACGUUUGCACCGGGAACAACUGCAGAAGUUCGCGCAAUAUCUCAUCAGCGAACUGCCGCAGCAGAUUUUGCCCACUGCCCAGCGUCUGUUGGACGAGCUGUUGUCGGUUCAGCCUAGCACCAUCAACAGCUACUGCGGAGCUCCGGAUCCCACAGCUGGUGCCUCGGCCCACGACCAAACCUCCUGGUACCUUGACGAGAAGACGCUUCAUGACAACAUCAAGAAGAUCCUCAUCAAGUUCUGCGUACCGGCUCCCAUAGUUUUCAG